AUGGGUCAAUCAGGUUCACAACUUCUAGGAGACUUGGAACGCAACUCUAAUUUCACCGCUGCUGAACUCCAGCGGCUCAAGAAACGCUUCAUGAAGCUGGAUAGAGACGGUAGUGGGUCUAUUGACCGCGAGGAGUUCCUACAGAUACCACAAGUAGCCAAUAAUCCACUCGCUCAUCGAAUGAUUGCCAUUUUCGACGAGGAUGGUGGCGGGACUGUUGAUUUCCAGGAAUUCGUUGGCGGUUUGAGCGCUUUCAGUAACCGCGGUGGCAGGGAUGAGAAGCUCAAGUUUGCAUUCAAAGUGUACGACAUGGAUCGCGAUGGAUACAUUAGCAACGGCGAACUCUACAUCGUCCUUAAAAUGAUGGUUGGAAAUAAUCUACGUGAUCAGCAACUCCAGCAAAUCGUAGACAAGACUAUCAUGGAAGGCGAUAAGGAUGGCGAUGGCAGACUUUCCUUUGCUGAGUUCUCCGAUAUGGUCUCUGCUACAGAUAUACUCAAGCAGAUGACGCUCGAGGCUUUGUUUUAG